ACGAGGGACAGGAGCACGAGCACAACCUCCUGCUGAUCAGGUCAAGCCCUUUGUGUCCUGUCUUACGGUUGAACAUGCGUGCUCUGAGUGCGUCUGUGCUGCUCUGCUCCCUUCUACUCGGCUUCCUGCAUCCUACAGGAGCAGAGGAGAGUGAUGCAGCCGGCAGGAGGGAGGAGAGGCAGAAACGAAGCCCACCCUACUGGGGCCUGUGGUCGUCAGACUUUUUCGGGUGGUUGGAGGAGCUGCGGGCUCAGGCUGCUCACGAGGGGAUGCAGGACCUGGCUCGCACCUUCUGGGCUCACUUCCCCAUUGCCAACGAGCUGGGCUACGAUGGUCCCGAGUCUGACCCGCAGCCUGAGGAGUGAGGCAGAGGAGAGAGAGGGUGCAGAUUUAGGAGUCUGAGGGUGGGUCAAAGCUUUAACAUGUGUUCAGAUGUUUACAGAUUAGACGAUAAACAGGCUUGGAGACAUUUUAACCUUUGGGCUGUUGUUAUUUUGUAUGUAUAAAAACAAUAAUUGCAUUUUAUCCCUUUUUUUUCUCUUUUCUUUUGAAUUUCUUAAACCCAAUUUGGAGAAACGUGCUGAAGUGGUAACCCUUCCUUUUGCCACAACAAAAUAUAAAAAGAAAUACCAAAUAAGGAAAUGUUUAACAUUUUAAAUGUUUUAUGGGUUAUGUGUAAAUAGACGUAAAUAUUACACACUGCACCUUUAACUGUAAGAUCAUUUUGAAGCCGGACUGUUGUAUUAGACGGCACUGGUUUGAGCUGGGUGUGUCUAAUAAAUUGGCAAUUGACUGUAUUUUGCCAGCAAUAAUUAUGUUCCUUUACUUAAGAAAAUGUACAUGUCAAGGUAAUGUUUAGUGUGUUUUAUUGAGCUGUUAAAG